AUGGACGACGAGCGACUACCCAAACGACUCUUCUACGAAGACGUCGCGACGGGUUCUCGCCGUCAAGGAGGCCAGAUUCGCCGUUACAAGGAUACCCUGAAGUCCUCCCUGAAAUGCCUGCAAAUCAACCCCACCAACUGGGAGGAGCUCGCACUCGAUCGACCGACCUGGAGGAGAACAGUGAAGACAGGCGCUGCGAUCUACGAAGCCAACCGCAUCGCUGCCGCCAAAGCGAAACGUGAAGCCUGCAAAUCACAAAUUCGCCCAGAACGCAACGCCUCCGCACAACCUCUCCCUACGUGUCCUCGAUGUCAACGGACAUUCCGGGCUCGAAUCGGACUUGUUGGACAUCUUCGGAUGAACUGCGCCUCUCGAACGGCACCAAACAUCGUCCCCCCGCCUGUCUCUUCCUUCUCCUCUCCGCCGCCAACUUACCCUGACAAUUCUUCUGAUCUACCACUUCCAUCACUCUCCUCCUCCUCCUCCUCCUCCUCGUCCACUGCUCCAACGGCGGCCGCUCAGGCGACUGUCCCGCGCACAGCAACCGACACUACCACAACCUCCCCCGACUCCAGGGAUGAGGAUCAGGACUACACCUGCCCGCACUGCGACCGUACCUUCACCUCUCGCAUCGGCCUGGUCGGUCACUUGCGAAUCCAUCGCACAGAGACUGGAGAACCAUUGCCUGGAGCACCCACCUAUACCCACCAAGCUCGUCUCAACUGCCCACACUGCCCUCGCACUUUCAGGCACCGCAAGGGCCUAUUCGGCCACAUGCGCAUCCACGACGACCUGCGGUAG